ACUCAGUAAUUCGCCUUUCGAGAUUACACUAAGUUUACAUGUAGUAGCACGAAGAUAGUGCUGCCAUCGUACACCAUUUUAGAGCAACUAUUAAAAAAAAAAACAAAUUUUAUUUAUACUCUGUGGCGGGUACUUCAUAAUCUCAUACACGUUUUGUGUCGCCGCCAUCGUAUACGCUAUUCCCGUGCUAAGUGUUUUAAUUCGAAUAUUUGGCUGUAAUUCGUGUGUUUUACCAUGGGAAAACGUAAGUUUAGGGAUGAUGAAGAAUACUAUGCACGGAAAAUAAAGAAGUUGGAGCAGAAAAUGAAAAAAGUGCGACGGGAACGCCGAGAGGAGUCGUCGGAUUCGGAGUCGGGGAGUUCGGUGUCGUCGGAUGCAGACCAGUACGAGGAGGAAGUGGUAAACGAGCUUGGCGUCGAUCAUGUUUCCGAGCAGGAGGUGCCGCAAAACGAAGGACCCCAAGAGGAAAACCAACCAUCUCCAGUCCUGGAACCUCAGCUGGAAACAUCGCCGGAGUUAGAUCCGAGUAUUUUGAAUAUUCUAGGUGACGAACCUGCUAAAGAAGAAAUAUUUAGCAAGGCUGUGCACAAGGAUAUUGCUAACCGAUGGUCCGAUAUACUAAUCAAUGGUUUAAAGGAGGAUGUCAAAAAGGAAAUUAUUUCCGGUCACGACAUUCCUGAGAAUCUGACGUUACUGCAGAGUCCUAUAAUAAACCCUGAAAUCAAAGCGGCGGUCAACGAAAACGCGCUUAAGAGAGACGUUAUUUUAUCAGAAAAGCAGAGAAGUAUGGCUUGCGUCAUGACAUGUAUAGCCGACUUAAUGUCGUCGAAUUUAGAAAAUCAUUCCGACGCCACAGAAAAUAAAGAAAGUUUGAAGCUACUCAGCGAUGCAGGCCGCUUGUUAUGCCAUAUACAUUACGAAGAGACUUCAGCUAGAAGGAACUUCUUGCAAGCUUGUCUUAGCAAAGACGUCAAAGACAAUAUAAAGGACCUGAAACGAGAUAAAUUCCUUUUUGGUACGGAUCUUUCAGAGAAACUGAAAUCUAUGAAGGCGAUAACGAAGACUGGCGCGGAGAUGAGACCCGCCUCAACGAAACCGAAGCCUCCACCUAAGAGCAGACCGGCUGAAGCGGGACCUUCGAGGGCUUUAAACUGGCGGGGCCCGCCACCGCCGGCACCUCGGCGCGCGUACGCGCGGACGAGCUCGACGGCUGGUGGGCGCAGGCAGCCGGCAGCGACGCCGCGCGGCAGCGCGCGCCGCGACCCUCGCCCGCGGAGCAGCAAGCCGACCGCCAGUCGGCGCUAAGCAGCGAGUCGCAG